AUGACUACCCUUUUGCCCCGCGGAUAUCGUUCCGCCACCGAACACUGUUUCGACGAAGAACAAGCCGAAGCUAUUGUUCGAACCACCGCCUACCACCGCAGAGACUACUGUCUAUCCGUUAUCUGGUUCUCGCUCCGUGAACACGUCGAUAUUCGCCCGUCAAUAGCAACACCCUUUCAGCGGACAUCAAAUGUUGGAUCUGGACAUGCAUUCUCUGUUUAA